UAGAAAGAAGCAGUUGGUCCCUGGCUUCAUUUGAGUUGCCAAGCUGCUCUAAGGCAGAAGCACGAGUCGUCUCUCCAGACCCAGUUGGCCUGUGUGGGCGUUCAGCUGAUUUUCUCCAUCACCUCAGGGAGGCUUUCCUGACCUACUUUCUCCAUGGCUUGUAUUGAAAAUGUCCUUGGAGGGCAUGCCCCUUCACCCAGAGGAGUAGUUGCAGAAGAGUGUGGGAUCCGGGAGCCACGCCCUGACGACAUGUCCCUCCAGUAUCCGAGUUCUCUGCCGAAAGAUGAUGCAGAACCUUUGGGCCACCAUCGUGUCCUGCUGAGACCUCCCCUUAAUGUGCUGACCGACCUGGCAAGAGAGCAGCUGGAGCGCCCCUUCCACAUCGCCGGAGCCUGCAUUCCUGUCGACAGUUCAAGAUCUCACAAACACCCCUGUGGGUCACCACCUGCUGUUGUGGAAGAGUCGUUAGCAACAGCAGAAGUAAAUAGCUCUGAGGGGCUGGCAGGCUGGAGGCUUAGGGGAGAGGAUUCUAUUAAUGUGUCCCAGGAUUUCUCUGGCAGCACUCCCCCACUGAUGAUUGGGGGCGCAAGGGUCAGCAGUGGGGGCACUGAGAGAGGUGGCAAUAAUGCGAGGUUAUACGUGGCUUUGCCACAAGGUCAGGGGUUCUUUCCAUCUAGGGGUCCACAAGUAAGAGACCCCCUUCAUAUCCCCACCGUUAGAUCAGGGGUAAUAAUGGAGCUGCCUUCAGGAAAUACGAGAAUGACUGGGAAAGAAAGGCUGGCUCAUGUUUCUUUCCCACCAGGAGGCCUGCGGCACCCUGUGGAGAACUGGCCAAGGCCUCUCCCAUUGUCUUCCAGUACUCCAGGUUUACCUUCUCGUCCUACUGCUCAUUGCUUUAUACCUCCACGACCUCCAAGUUUCAGUCCAUUUCUUGCUAUGCCUAUUGCUUUUGCCCCACCCCCAAUAUUUGGUCCUCCACUGCCUUCUUAUUUUGCCAAUUUUCCUUCCUGGGGUAUGCCGGCUCCUGCACCCUCAAACAGAGAGAACAACUGAAGACAAAAAGGAAGGAGGGGAAAAAAGGAUUGGGGGGAAAAGUGAAAAUUACUCAUUUAUGUUUUUAUAUUUCAAACCCCCCUACCCUCUUAGACUCUGUUUAGCACUAAUGUGCCUUACAUGCUUGGAGAUUCAAUAAAGAUUCUGAAGU